GAAGACACAAAAGUCAUCUGCUGUUUCAGAGGGUCGAUCUGAAACUGACAAAUCCAUAAGCACUAGCCCCGGCCACCAUGUCGAAUAAUCAUGUGCCUGUGAUCCAAAAGGGGGCUAAAAACGACCAAAGGGUCAUCUUGGGCAAAGAAGACAAAUUACCUGACAAAAACAAGCAAAUUAGAGUGGAAGACAACAACCGACAAGCUAGGACAAUGCAAAGUCAAUCUCCAAACCAAGCAAAAAAUAACAAGCGUCCAAAGUUAUUAAGCAUGAUGGGCAACCAGUCGGAUAUUCAUGUCCAACAAGACAGGCUACACAAUCAGAAUGAGAGGCUAUUCACAUGUGUAUAUACAUCCACGGCCGUUGUAGCUUGCCAGGAGAGUAAAAGGGGAAUACCUAAUGAUCAUUCUACAAUAAACAAAGAGCAAGAAAGGAUUUCACCGGGUCCAAAUAAACAAAAACCAAGAAAGAGGAACCAGAUAGUCCGUGGGAAUCAGAGCAACAAGCGUGCAAGGUUGGUUCAAAGAAAAAAAAAUUGUGAAACUGAGUUUGCUUUGAGUACAACAGCUGGCGAACAUGCUUUAGAAGCAUCAAAUUUUUCUAGAAACUCAGCAGAGGCCGAUUUGAAUAGAAGAAAAGAGAUAAGCAAGUUGAAUCAAGCAAAUAGAAAGAAGUUACAAGCGAUGAAAAAAGGAGGUAAAUCUCAAAGCUCUCCAAGUGAGAUUUCAAAUUUUGGAAAACCAACAUGCGUAUGUCCAUUCUGCAAUGCUAUAAUGUGGCAUCAAGAGAGAAGCAAGCAUAACACAAACAAAUCAAGACCAACAUUUGGACUUUGUUGCAAGGAAGGCAAAGUCAAACUGCCACCAUUGAAAAAACCUCCUGCAUACCUUCAGCAGCUACUAACAUCUAAUGAAAAGGGAGAAUCGUCAAAUUACAGAGACAAUAUCAGGAACUAUAAUUCAAUGUUUGCAUUUACUUCGAUGGGUGGCCAGGUCGACUACGAGAUAAACAGAAAAGGGGGUGCACCGUAUGUUUUUCGCUUGAAUGGCCAAAACUAUCAUCAAAUUGGCACAUUGCUGUCUAAAGAUAACGGAGAUAAUGCUAUCAGGCCAAAGUUUGCUCAAUUGUACAUUUAUGAUACAGAAAAUGAGGUCAGAAACAGACUGCAGGCUUCAACCUCAAAGGAAAGGAAAACACAACUUGAUGAAGGCAUUGUGUCUGGAUUAUUGCAGAUGCUUGAUGAUCACAAUGAGUUAGUGAAAUCAUUCCGUAUGGCAAGGGAUAGAUACCAAGAGUCAGAUCUUGAAAAUGUUAGGUUGCGAUUAAUUGGUACAAGAUCUAGUGAUGGAAGACAAUACAACCUACCAACUGCAUCUGAAAUAGCUGCACUCAUUGUUGGGGAACAGACAGGAGAAAAUGUUGAACGUGAUAUAAUAGUAGAAAACAAAGACAAACAACUCCAGCGAAUUUCGGAACUACAUCCAAGCUUUAUGUCUAUGCAAUACCCAUUAUUAUUCCCGUACGGAGAAGAUGGAUUCAGACCAGAAAUAGAAUUAGAGAAAAAAAGGUGUCGAAGGAAAGAGAAAGUAUGUUACCAUGAUGGAUGGCCUGAAAUACAGACCAUGUUGGACUUCAUACCAGGACAAAAACCAGAAGAUCGUCCAGACAUUGUCAAUAGAGUGUUCCUUAUAAAGUUGAAUGAACUAAUAGAAGACAUAUACAAAAAGAAGCGGUUUGGAAAAGCAAUAGCAAUUGUCUACACCAUCGAGUUCCAGAAAAGAGGUCUACCUCAUGCACAUAUACUAUUAUUUUUGGAUCCAGAUGACAGGGAUCCUAGCCCCCAAAAUAUUGACCAGAUCAUAUCAGCAGAGGUGCCAGACAAGGAUGUUGAUCCAGAAGGUGAAGCAUCUUGGCGUAUCUUUGGAUUUGAACUUCAGCACCGGCAGCCUUCUGUAGAGAGACUGCAAUUCCAUCUUCAAGGUGAGAAAAUUGUCGUGUUCCCGGACUCAACUGAUAUUGAGAAAAUUGUACAUAGACCUGGCAUAGAGGAAACAAUUUUCACUGAAUGGAUGACCGCUAAUCAAUUGUAUGAGGAGGCCCGUAAUCUGACAUAUGCAGAAUUCCCCACUAAGUGGACGUGGCAUGCAAAGGAGAAAAGAUGGAAACCAAGGAAAGGCAGGAAACGGUCUAUUGAGAGGAUCUACAAUGCCCAUCCAGCAAGUGGUGAGAAAUAUUACCUAAGGAUUCUGCUAAAUACUGUCAAAGGUUGUAAAUCAUAUGACGACAUCAGAAAAAUCCAGGGAAACUAUGGGAAUCUACAUGGGAAUUACUCUCAGAUGACAUUCAGCGACGUCAGAGGAAAAUCUUGA